AUGCGGUCUACAGAUGCACAGUGGUUGACGGCAGAGGAGAGGAACCAACUUAUUCCUGGCUUGAAGGCAGCAGGGUGGUCGGAACUAAGCGAGAGAGAUGCCAUCUACAAAGAGUUCUCCUUCAAAAAUUUUAAUCAGGCGUUUGGCUUUAUGUCCAGGGUUGCCCUGCAAGCAGAGAAGAUGAAUCACCACCCAGAAUGGUUCAACGUGUACAACAAGGUCCAGAUCACUCUCACCUCGCACGACUGUGGAGGCCUGACCAAGCGUGACGUGAAGCUGGCCCAGUUCAUUGAAAAAGCUGCUUCUUCUCUGUGAUCGCCUUCAAAAUGCAUGUAAAGAUCCGACACCUGCCUGCUCGUCUGCAGUGUGCUUUGAAAGGCAUUUAUGUUAAUAAAUUGUCAUAAAGUAGUUCAUAUUUACCUGUAUACAUUUCUGUAUGAUAGAUACUCAAAUACAGAAUGAUUUGAAGCCAA